UCGAGAUAGCGUUUCUGUGUGAACUUUUAACUCAGGAAACAAUGAAGACAUAGCGAACAAGAACUCAUCAAGUGUCUCGAAGCUGCUAGCCAUCCAGCUAGCCUUAGCUUGGUUAUCUUGCAGCGAGCGAAUGCGAGAGCCCAAACACUGAAGGAGCAUUGUAAAAACAGAGGGGAAGGGCAGGUUCCCUUUUGGACUUUUUCCCCUCUACAUAUUUUCCUAAUAUGAUGGCUACGGAGGUCAGCAGUGAGGAUACGGGCUCGGUCACGACAGGGACAGGGGUGGCAGGCGGAGGAGGCCCGGAGACGGCCCCUUUCCCCUACUAUCCCAAGCCGAGCAGAGUGCAAGUAACUGAUUUGGGACAAGGACCAGCACCGACCCUCCGCCAACAUUCAAACACGUAUCCAGAGCCACUUCCCGACACGAAUAUGACCUACACCAUGUCUAGUGGGGAUAUGACCGGACCAGCGCUUUCCGCAACAGGGAGUGGCGGAGCAGGAGGUGGACAUUCAGUUUUACAAGGAACAAGCUCAGGGACCGUGGGCGGCAUUUGCAGCUCUCCCACUUCGGAGGGUCCAGCUACUCGGAUUUCACCCACAUCAACAGGCCCGGAUGGGUCCACUGACUUCCCCCCACUGCCACCACCUCCUCCUCCACCUCCAGGCUGCGGGGUGCUCGGUGGCACUCUGGAUGAAAGCGACAUGCAGGAUGGACCGGAAUACGAGGAAGAAGAGGUUGUGUUCCCCCUGUCUGCACCUCCCACGAACCAGUGGUACCAUGGCAAGCUAGACCGAAACAUUGCUGAGGAGCGGCUGCGCCAGGCCCGAAACCCUGGCAGCUACCUCAUCAGGGAGAGUGACCGCCGGCCCGGUUCCUUUGUCCUGUCUUUCCUCAGUGUGACCAACGUGGUCAACCAUUUCAGGAUAAUUGCCAUGUGUGGGGACUAUUACAUUGGUGGGCGGCGGUUCUCUUCUCUAUCAGACCUGAUUGGUUACUACAGCUAUGUGUCCUGCCUGCUAAAAGGAGAGAAACUGCUAUCGCCGGUGGCGCCCCCAGAGCCUGUAGAAGACCGGAGGAGAGUCAGGGCCAUACUUCCAUACACCAAAGUGCCAGAUACGGAUGAGAUCAGUUUCCUGAAAGGGGACAUGUUUAUUGUUCACAAUGAACUGGAUGACGGCUGGAUGUGGGUGACCAAUGUUCGCACAGAGGAGCAGGGCCUCAUUGUGGAGGAUCUGGUGGAGGAAGUGGGGCGGGAGGAGGAUCCACAUGAGGGAAAAGCCUGGUAUCACGGAAAGAUCACAAAGCAAGAGGCCUACAACCUGCUGAUGACAGUUGGCCAGGUGUGCAGUUUUCUAGUCAGACCAUCAGACAACACACCCGGGGACUACUCCCUCUUUUUUCGCACCAAUGAAAACAUCCAAAGGUUUAAGAUCUCCCCCACCCCCAACAAUCAGUACAUGAUGGGGGGGAGGUACUACAACAGUGUUCAUGACAUCAUCGACCAUUACAAGAAAGAGCAGAUUGUCGAGGGCUACAACCUGAAGGAGCCCGUGUCUGUGCAGAACCAGGAACAAGUUCUUAGUGACACAGUGGAUGGGAGAGAAAUUUAUAACACUAUCAGGCGGAAAACAAAAGAUGCUUUCUACAAAAACAUUGUGAAGAAAGGCUACCUCCAGUUCAACAAAGGCAAAGGCAAACGAUGGAAGAACCUUUACUUCAUCCUGGAGGGUAACGAUGCCCAGCUCAUCUAUUUUGAGAGCGAGAAGAGAGCCACCAAACCCAAAGGGCUGAUCGACCUGAGCGUGUGCUCCGUGUAUGGUGUGCACGACAGUCUGUUCGGCAGGCCACACUGUUUCCAGAUUGUUGUCCAGCACUUUAGCGAGGAGCAAUACAUAUUCUACUUUGCGGGGGAGGUUCCAGAGCAGGCACAGGAUUGGAUGAAAUGCCUUCAAACUUUCUGCAGUAACUUAAGGAAAACCACUCAGCCGACAUCCAACAAGAGGCUUAGACAGGUGAGCAGCCUGGUGCUGUAUGUGGAGGAGGCCCACAAGCUGCCAGUGAAGUAUUUCACCAACCCCUACUGUAACAUCUACCUGAACAGCGUCCAAGUGGCUAAAACGCACCCUAGGGAGGGACAGAACCCCGUCUUCACUGAGGAGUUCAUCUUUGAUGACUUGUCGAGUGAAAUCAACAGAUUUGAAAUCAGCCUGAGCAACAAAACGAAAAAGAGCAAAGAAAGUGACAUCUUGUUCAUGCGUUGCCAGCUCAACCGUCUGCAGAAGGGCCAGAUGAUUGAUGAGUGGUUCCCUCUCAGCUCCCACGUGCCUCUGAAGGGCAUCGAGCCAGGCUCUUUACGUGUACGUGCCCGCUACUCCAUGGAGAAGAUCAUGCCCGAAGAGGAGUACAGCGAGUUCAAAGAGAUGAUCUUGCAGAAAGAGUUCCACGUCAUCUACGCUCUGGCCCAUGUGUGUGGUCAGGACCGCACCUUAUUGGCGAGCCUCCUUCUGCGGAUCUUCAGACACGAGAAGGCUGAAGCCCCUCUACUCAGGACACUCAACGACAGAGAGAUUAACAUGGAGGACGAAGCCACGACAUUGUUCAGAGCGACCACACUGGCCAGCACACUGAUGGAGCAGUACAUGAAGGCCACAGCCACGCCAUUUGUCCACCACGCGCUGAAAGACACCAUCCUCAAGAUCAUGGAGAGCAAACAGUCCUGCGAGCUGAACCCUUCCAAACUGGAAAAGAAUGAGGAUGUGAACCUGAACCUGGCUCAUCUACUCAACAUCCUGUCUGAGCUGGUGGAGAAGAUCUUCAUGGCUGCUGAGAUCUUACCACCGACAUUGAGGUUCAUCUAUGGCUGUCUGCAGAAGUCUGUGCAGCAGAAAUGGCCCGCCAACACCACCAUGCGGACGAGAGUUGUAAGCGGCUUCGUCUUUCUAAGGCUGAUCUGUCCUGCCAUCCUCAACCCCAGAUUGUUCAACAUCAUUGCUGACCCUCCAUCUACAGCAGCAGGCAGGACCCUCACACUGGUGGCUAAGUCUGUCCAGAACCUGGCCAACCUGGUUGAAUUUGGUGCUAAGGAACCGUAUAUGGAGGGCGUGAACCCUUUCAUCAAAAACAACAAACACAGGAUGAUCAUGUUUCUUGAUGAGUUGGGGAACGUCCCCGACCUCCCUGAAGCCACAGAGCACUUUAGGACGGACCUGUCCAGGGAUCUGUCCCGGGACAUGGCUGCGCUGCAUGAGGUCUGUGCCACACACUCAGACGAGCUGCGGACGCUGAGCAACGAGAGGGGAGCGCAGCAGCAUGUGUUGAAAAAGCUGCUGGCCAUCACAGAGCUCCUCCAGCAGAAGCAGACUCAGUAUGCCAUGUCCAACAGCAACAGGUAGUACAGCACUCCUCCUCCCAUCUCCCCAUCAAGUCUCCUCCACCGGAGUGCAGCGCAGAGACCUAGCAUGCUCUACCCUCAUCACCAUGGCAACCCCUCCACAAUCAUGUCCUCCUCAAAUAGUGCCGCCCAUCCCCACCCACCAUCUUGUCCCGUUCACCACAAGAGAGCUAUGCAACAACAGCAGCUGAGUACAACAACCGACGCAGUACUUAAAACAAACACCAGUGACUGACAGCUACAUCCAGAGGAGUCAUGUGUCCUCAAACUGUGUUCACAAUUCUGACUUGGGUACAUUUCAUUCCCUUCAUCAUGAGGGCCAAAUAUUAAGAUUUCAAGUUUCUUUGUACCCACUAUGUGUUUUGAUAGCACAGGUUGCCAAAGUGUACCCCCCCCCCCCUCCCUCCCUCUUCCUGCUCAAUAUGAGGACACUGACAUGAAGAAGCUAGUUCUCUCAGUCCCCUUUUCUUGUAACUGGAUUAUGAGCGAUAAUGCUUUUUAUACUGUAAUUGACUGAUUUAUUUUAAGGUUGUGACAAUAUCCGCAAAGUGCUGAAACUAGCAUUUCUGUCUAUUUGUUCUUUUUUUCGUUCUUUGUUUUCUAGAUUGGAACAAAGUCUUUCAGAAAAGUAUGGUUAUUUUAUAUUAAGAAUAAAUUCUCUUGCUGGAAUCAUGAGUAUAUAAGUGA